CUCCGUGUCAGACUUCCGGCGGAAGUAAACAACAAGGCGCUAGCAUCGUUAGCUUCCAGGUUUUCUUCUGUUUAUCGUCGGUUUUUGCUGUGUGAGCUGAAUAUUUCAGAGUCUGCAGUAACAACAUCUUCGGUUCAUCAUCUGAGAGAAUUGAUCAGAGAGCGACUAACUGCUGCUGCUGGAGAAAUAUUCAGAAACAUCGUUCAUUAGGAGGAAGAGAUCGAUCAUCAGCUCAGACUGCUGGAUAUCAGCUGGAAAACCCAGAUCAGAUCAGAACCUACAGCCCUUGCACAGCUACUUGGGACGUUCUCGUGGACCACCUUCUCGUAACAGAAGAGAGGAACUCCAUUCUGGACCACAAGAUGCCAAACGCUACUGAAAUAAAAGAGGAACAGGAAGAACCAGAAUCACAGCAGAUGAGUGAACCAAAAGAGGAACCAGAACCUCAACCCAUUAGGAAAGAACAUAUCAAACAGUGGAUCUUUCAGGAUGAAGAGCUGGUUUUAGUGAAGCAGGAAAUAAACACCUCUACAGUGACUCCUGGUUAUGAGGGAAUGUUCCACAAUGUACCAGAGCUGCAUCAGAUCAUAGAGAUAAAGGGGGAACCAGAACCAGCUCAAAAUAAAGAGGAACAAGAAGAUACAGAAACUGUUAAGAUUAAAAAUGAGCCAGAACCUGUAAAGAUUAAAGAGGAACAGGACGCCCUUUGUUGUAAUCAGGAUGAAGACCAGCUUGCAGUGAAGCAGGAGACUUACAGUUUUAUGGUGACUCCUACUAAUGAACAAGAAGACAACAGUGAAUCAGAACCAAAGAAGACCCAGCUCCUCACUGAAGAUGAGAACAAACAUCAGCAAGGAAGCAAACAGAACCACUCAGAAUCAAGUAGUGAUAAAGACCUUCAGCCAGACAAGAGACAUCAGGACAACAAAAAUCAUAAGGACAAAGUGGACAAGUUAAUACCAAAAAGACAUAAAACAGAUUCAGCUUUUUGUGAAAUAUGUGGUAAAGGUUUCAGUACACGGAACUACUUGCCUGAUCACAUGAGAACUCACACGGGUGAGAAGCCUUAUUCCUGCAAAUUGUGUGCUAAAUCUUUUAGACAAAGCCAACAUUUGACUUCUCACCUUAGAACUCACUCAGCUGAAAAGCCUUAUUCUUGUGACAUGUGUGGCAAAUCUUUUGGAAGGAGGGCUAUUCUGGCUUGUCACUAUAGAACUCACACAGGUGAGAAGCCUUAUUCUUGUGACAUGUGUGAGAAAUCUUUUGGAGACAGCAGUACUUUGGCAUGUCACAAAAUAACUCACCAAGAUAAGUGGCCAUAUUCUUGUAAAUUGUGCGAUAAAUCUUUCGUACGAAGUACUGAUUUGACUCGUCACCUCAGAAUUCACACAGGUGAGAAGCCUUAUUCUUGUGAGCUGUGUGACAGCUUUUUUAGAUACAGCUGUAAUUUGGCUCGUCACAGAAAAACUCACAUGCAUGAGAAACCGUAAUGUAGUUGAAUUUAGUUUAUAAGGCAGCAAUUCCUUGCAGAUGUAAUCUUAAGGUGCUAUACAGACUAUAUCUUUCUGAUUUAUAAGGAACUCAAUAGUCAAACCAGUCCUAUCAAAUAGAUUCCCAUUCAGUUGCAUUUGUUCCAUUUCAGUCUUAGUUAUAAUGCAGAGCAGUCAAAUUUAGUGUAUGCCAGUUUGUACAAAGUAUUCUAUUAAAGGAAGUCCACCUGA